AUGUUGGUCAGAAUAGGCACCAGCACUUACAGUCAGAAUCGAAUCAAGGCACAACUGGUGCUAGUGAACCUGCUCAAAGAUUAUCCAUUUGCAUACAAGAGCAUCCUUGGUGAACUGGUCAAGUUCCUUGACCCAAAGAGUGAUUCGACACAUGAACAAGUCAAGGGAGCGCUUCAUAUGCUCACUGAUCAUAAACGUGAUGCGCUAAUGCUAAGAGCAGGCGAUGGAUUCGAAGUACAGCUUCAAGCUAUGCCAGCCAUUGUGGCGACCCAACACAGCGAAAAGCCAUCGAUUAUCGAUUUAUUGGAACAAGCGCAGAAUUCGAUUGUGGAGUUAUACGAGAGCUAUAAAAUAGAAUAUGAAAUUCCCGAAGAAAUGCGAUCUAUAGCUGCAUCAAUUCUUGAAGUGAAAGAGGCUUGCCCAUUGAAUGCAAGCAAAGGAAUGCCACCAGAAAAACUGAUCAAAGCUAACGCCGAUAAUCUUGUGCGAUUGAAACAAAAAUUCACACACCAGUACUACGAACUUGCCGAUAAGCUGCUUUCGCUGGCUCAAGACCCAGAUCUUCAUUGGCGACAUGUCGAUAUGGCGCAAGCAUUUCUGUCUUUGCUAGUACGAAGGGACAUAGCUUACCCUGAACCUGUGCUGAAGAUGUGGGUGAAACUUUUGGUACACGAUACGGUGAAAGCCAGAAGAAUGGCGACGGCAGUGGUGGCUAGCUGGUUGAAGCUGAACAAACCAAAGGCUGUCAAGAGAGAAUGGGUCAUCACUUAUAAGGAACCAAAUACAUCUGUUGGUGCGCGGUGGCCUAUUCGCUAUGGUAUCCGUGAUGAUAAUCGAUGUAUGAUGUACGAAGAGGACAAACUUCCAAAGACGGAGAAAGAAUGGGAUAAUUUCCAGUUUUGUGGAAAACAACAUUGGGGAUUCUACACUUGGCCAGAGAAGCUCAUAACAUAUGCGCCGUUGUGCGAACAGAAAGCAAUCGAUAGAACAGAAGAAGAUCUUUCGGAGACAGAACAUUUCAUUGUUGAUACAUUCCGCGACCCGGAAUUCGCUACCAAACUACGUACGUUAUUCGCUGUUGAAGAGACAAAAGAAGACACAUUCGAUGCUGUGAAGUUUUCGCUAUUCCAGGUAUGCUUUUUUUACUUCUUCAAUUGAGA